AUGGAGCAGCAACACAACAAGAAGCGCACACAUUAUGAAUUCGAAGCGAGCAACAAGUCACAAGCGCCCUCCUAUGGUCCUCCGAACGGCAAGCCAUUCUUCUUCUCAGACAUGCCAUUACCGCCAACGCCAUCAACAUCGCCCUUCCGAGCACCGUCCUUCACUACUCCCCGCAAGAUCGAUGUUGACUUCUCCUCUGGACCCGAGAACUCGUCGCCUGUGGAAGCCGACAACGAAGAGACACCAGAUGGUAAAUUCGAAUUCAAGGCUAGUCCGCCAAAAUCCACAAAGUCCACCAAGCGGAACUCGCUGUUUGGGAUGUAUGGCAGAUUCGCACCUACAUCAUCACGAAUCACACGACCCUUCAGCGAUGUGCUGGAACGGAGAAUACACAAGAGAAGGCGGAGAGCUCUCGAUAAACAGCAGAUGGUGGUUGUUCGACGAGACAGCGACGUUGCAUCCAGCGACGAUGAGCCCAUCACGGUCGUGAGGCGAUCACCAUCCAAACAGCACGACAAAGCACUCCCACCUCCGCCACCACAACCAGAGCCUCACGCUCUCUCCAGCUUCUUCUCGCUGCUGAGCUCAAACCCAGACUUGCCCGCCAUCCUCUCCCGCUACCUUCAAGUCUUCUUCAACUUCGCACUCCUCACAUUCUUCGGCUGGAUCAUCUUCUCCUUUUACCAAACAGUCCGAGCCGAUGUCGACCGCGCUGGAGACGAAGCCGUUGCUGUGAUCAUCUCGGAGAUCAAGGACUGCAAUCGGCAGUAUCUGGAGAACAAUUGCAUGAAGCCUUUGCCUGCGCUCGAACAGACCUGCUCGAAUUGGAAGAUCUGCAUGGAACGCGACCCUCAAGCCGUCAAGCGUGCCCAACUGUCGGCACAGACGUUCGCCCAGAUCUUCAACAGCUUCGUCGAGCCCAUCAGCUUCAGAACUCUGGCAUUCAGCGUCAUUAUUGUGGUCACCUCUUUCGUCGUCUCGAACGCUACCUUCGUCUACUUGCGGCGACCGCACGACAACUACCAGAGCCAUCCUCCUCAAUACAUGUCUCACCCGUCUGCGAGCUAUCAGCAUCCUAGCUAUGCCGCACCUCCAGCUCAAGUGGGCUACAUGCCCAACACACCUGCGCUGCCGUACGAACCGCAGACGCCUAGCACAGAACGACGACAGAACGAUACUGCGUGGGGCGAGAAUAGGCAGAUUGAGUGGCACCAAAGCCCAAGCAAAGGACAAGGAGCGAGGGGCCGGAGUCGUAGUCCGGAGAAGAGAGCAUACUAG